AUGGGUACUGCGCUGCGAGAUCUGGCUGUUGCGCUGGGGACGGGCGACGAUCUGCACGUGUUCUACAACCGGAUCCAGCAGAUGCUGAAGGACCUGGAGCGGUACCGGCCGCAGACGCGGCUGGACGGCUGCCUCAACGUCUGGAUCGUGAAGCCGGGCUCGGCGUCGCGCGGCCGCGGCAUCGUGCUGCUCCGCCAGCUGGAGGACAUCCUGGCGCUGGUCGACUCGGCCACGCAGCGCGAGGGCAAAUACGUGGUGCAGAAGUACAUCGAGCGGCCCAUGCUCAUCUACAACACCAAGUUCGACAUCCGGCAGUGGUUCCUCGUUACCGACUGGAACCCGCUCACCGUGUGGAUGUACAAACAGAGCUACCUGCGCUUCUGCUCGCAGCAGUUCACGCUGGGCGACCUGAAGGAGGCCGUCCACCUCUGCAACAACGCCAUCCAGGCGCGUUACCGCAACGGCGAGCGGCACGCGGCGUUGCCCACCGAGAACAUGUGGGACGCCAGCACCUUCCAGCAGUUCCUCAAGAGCCGAGAGGCCGGACACGCCUGGGACCAGAUCAUCUACCCGACCAUGAAGAGCGCCAUCAUCUCGCUGUGCCUGGCCUCGCAGACCGACCUGGAGCCGAGGAAGGGCUGCUUCGAGCUGUUCGGUGCCGACUUCCUGCUCACUGAGGACUUCCAUCCGUGGCUGAUUGAGGUCAACUCGUCGCCGGCGAUGGGUGCCAGCACCAGCGUGACGGCCUGGCUCUGCGCCAUGUGUCUGGAAGACGUCAUCAGAGUGAUCGUGGACCGGCGCAAGGACGCGCACGCGGACGUGGGCGAGUUCGAGUGUAUCCUGCAGCAGCCGGCCGUGGCGUCGCCCCGCUAUCUGGGUAUCGACCUCGCGCUGCACGGCCACCGACUGAAGCCGCCGGCGGGCCGGCUGUACGCGGACGGCCGCCGCAAGAGUCGGUCGACUUCGCUGCCGCCGGCCACCGCGCUGAAGAUACCCAAGAUCAAGGUCUCCUGCGUCAGGGACUGA